GAACUUCCUUAGCAACCACCUGGCCUCUUAAAGAGGCCCUGGAGUAGUGGUUGCCUCCAGCCAUGGCUCCUAAAAAGAAGGGGGCCAAAGAGCCCGAGCUCAAGAAGAAGAAAGGUAGCAAGAAGGAUCCCAACCUGGCCAACAAGCCCAUGGAAAUGCCUAUAAGCGAGGAGAUCCGAGAGUUCUACCACGCCCAGAUCCGCAACCUGGAGGACAGGCUGGCCCGGUACCAGCGGAAGUGGGAUGAGUUGGCUAUGCAGGAGAAGCUGUUUCGCCAGGAGUUUGAGCAGCUGGCCAACAACAAGAAGGAGAUCGUGGCCUUCCUCAAGCGCACGCUCAACCAGCGGGUGGAUGAGAUCACCGACCUCAAUGAGCAGCUCCAGAGCCUGCAGCUGGCCAAGGAGAUAGAGAAGGAUGCCUUUGAGGCACAGCUAGCCCAGGUGCGCCACGAAUUCCAGGAGACCAAGGACCAGCUCACCACCGAGAACAUCAUCCUUGGGGGAAAGCUGGCAGCCCUGGAGGAGUUCCGGCUGCAGAAAGAGGAGCUCACGCAAAAGUUCAUGUCGCUGGAGGAGCAGCUGCGGACACAGGAGAACGAACACAAGGACUACGUGCACAACCUGGAGAAGAAGUCGGUGCUGGACAAGGACAGACUGAGAAAGGAGAUCAUCCAGCGUGUGAACAUGGUGGCCACGGAGUUCCGCAAGGUGGCCACGAGCCAGAUGUGGGACACAACCAAGCGGGCCAUCACAGAGAACAACGCGGUGACCCUGCAGCUGGCCAAGACUACACGACAGGGCACGCAGCUGCUGGCGGAGAACGAGCAGCUCCGGGGCCACCAGGACAACCUGUGCAAACAGCUGGAGCUGCUGGAGAACUCCCAGAAGCUCAUGGCCAGGAAAAACCGGGGCCACCAGAAGGUCAUCCUCAUGCUGACGGAGAAGUGCCGCGAGCUGCAGGAGGGCACGGCCGAGGCCGAGAGGCUGCGCGUCCUGCUGGGCCAGCUGGAGCAGGACCUCCUGAAGCAGCAGCAGGACAAUCAGGCACUGAGGAACGAAAGAGACCAGCUGAACCUGCAGCUGGAGCGGCAGCAGGCCGAGGGGCAGCGGCUCCAGCAGCAACUGAGCAAAGAGCAGAAGGUCCGGGCAAGCCUGGAGACGGCCCUAGCCCAGGCCACCUCCUUCCUACAGGACAUCGUGCAGAUGCAGCCUAACAAGGAGGACAGAGACUUCGACGUCGUGUUCCAGCUGCAGCGCAAGGAGAUGCUGCAGCAGCUGCUGCUUAUGCUUGGCUCGGCCGUGGUCUCGAGCCCCCAGAUGGCCGAGGCCCUGCAUCGGGAGAGCCAGCCCUGUGGCCUGCCCAGGGAGGGGUGAGUGCAUGACCCCGCGUGACCC